AUGAGAAUGGAUGAACUCAUAGAAAGUCUCUUAACUUAUGAGAUGAAGAGGAAACCAAAGGAGGAAAAGAUCAAGGCUAAAAAGGAUAUAGCCUUGAAAAUAGUUGAUAAGAAUGGUGAUAAUGAGCAUUCCAUGGAUAAGGAGGGUGAAAGCCUCCUUGGAAGAAAAUUCAGCAAGAAAAAGAAGGAAAAAAAGGAUAAGAGAUUCAAAAAGAAGGUUCUUGCAGCUACAUGGAGUGGUAGUGUUGAUUUUACUGAUGAAAGUGAGCCAAAAGAAGAGAGAACCAACAUAUGCUUCAUAACCAAGAGUGAUUUGGAGGAAGUGGUAUGUAUUAAAGCCAAGAAGAAAUCCUCUACUAAAUGGUAUUUGGAUAGUCGAUGUUCAAGGCACAUGACAGGGGAUAAAAGCUUGUUCUUGUCAUUAAAGGCCAAGGAUGCAGGAAACAUCAACUUUGGUGACAAAUCCAAAUGA